AUGGCAGACAAACCGGACCUGAAAGAGAUUGGCAGCUUUGACAAGUCAAAGCUGAAGAAAACACAGACCCAAGAGAAGAACCCCCUGCCUACAAAAGAGGAAAUUGAACAGGAAAAGCAAGGCUACAAUUAG